CUUUGCUUCCUGAAAAAUGAACCCUGCUCUGGGUUGCAGUCAGACUGGAGUUGGUUGAAGCCAUGCACAUCCACUUAUUCCUCCUCCUGGGCCUUUUCCUGACCCUAACCAACAACACUCCUCUCCAACCAGGUGCAAGGAAAACACACAACAAACUGCUGCUCAUUUCGGUCGAUGGAUUUCGCUGGGAUUAUGACCAACACAUUGAGACCCCAAAUUUGCAAGCGUUAGUAAAAGAAGGAGUCAAGGCAAAAUAUAUCACACCAUCCUUUAUUACAUUAACAUCACCAUCCCAUUUCACAUUACUUACAGGGAGAGAUAUAGAGAGCCAUGGAGUAAUUCACAAUAUGUGGUUUAAUACUACAACCGGAGAGAAAAAACCGUACUACGCCACCCAGGGAGUCAACGAGUGGUGGGACACAGGAAGUCUUCCCAUCUGGAUCACUGCUCAAAGACAGGGUUUAAAGACAGGAUCGAUUCACUUCCCCGGAACCAAACCCACCUAUGAUGGAGAAGAAAUCUUCUUGAAGAUCGUGGAGCCUCAGUUCUACAAUUACAGCAAUGAAACCGCAUGGAGAGAAAACAUUGACACAGUCAUGAAGUGGUUCACUGUGGACGAUUUGGAUUUCGUCACCCUUUAUUUCGGUGAACCAGAUUCAGCCGGACACAAGCACGGACCAGAUUCUGAGAAAGUAAGAAACGCAGUACGUCAAGUAGACAGUGCAAUUGGUUAUUUGGUGCAAAGCAUCGAGAAGCAUGGCUUGAAAUCCAAUCUGAAUGUCAUCAUCACUGCUGACCAUGGGAUGACCACUGUGCUCAAAGAGCCGGCGGUGAAUGAAAUUGUCCUGGGACGAUUCGCCAAUUUCUCAUUCAAAGACAUUGAUUUUGAAAUGCUGGAUUAUGGGCCUUGUGGGAUGCUUCUUCCCAAAGAAGGAAAGAUUGAGAAAGUGUACCAGGCCCUCAAAGGGGCCCAUCCCCACCUGACCGUUUACAAGAAAGAAGAUCUUCCCGAGAGAUUGCGAUACUCGAAACACGAGAGGAUUCUACCCAUUCUCCUGUUCGGUAAUCUCGGAUACGUGGUUCAUGGGCGACUAAAACUUCAGUUUAACAAAGGCGAGCAUGGGUUUGAUAACCAAUAUAUGGACAUGAAAAUGAUAUUCCGUGCCUUUGGCCCCGAUUUUAAGAAAAACUACCUUGCUGAACCAUUCGACAGUGUGAAUAUUUAUCCCCUGAUGUGUAAUCUUCUGAAAAUCGCUCCUGAACCAAAUAAUGGAUCGCUGGAGAUAACUAGAGGAAUGCUGAGCUUCGAAAGCAACAGGAGUGACUCAGCAUUGUCUCAGGGGCUCGUAGGCCUAGCAGCAGUUGCUGUGUUCCUAAUUCUGGUCGCUUUCAUUGCUAUAGGCUCUUCCUUAUACACACAAAGAAAAGACAGACGGACACACAAUGAAGACCCAAGUGAUGAUAACAACAUGUCUUCAACAGGCUUCUGACAUGCAAACUCUUGUCAGUGGAGAGAGAAAAUUAAGGAGAGAGAUAAUGGCCACUUCUGAAUUGUUUGUUACAAUAGAAAUAUUUAAUGAAACACAGAAAUUAAGUUUAAUCGAACGGGGACAGUUGACGGGAAGGUAAUUUUCCAAUGAAGCUGAUGAGAAUAGAAAAUGACCUAGUACAUGAAUCGAAAUUGAAUACUGAUAAUACUUCACCUUACAGUUCACUGAUAUCCAAUCUUAUAAGUGACAAUCAAGAUGUUAUGAAAUGUCAAAUCUUACCAGACCAAUAAAAUUAAUAGCUUUAUUGAUACUAA